AUGAAGGAAGUCAUCAAAAGAUUAUAUGCAUCCUAUUCCUCAAAAUAUAUUCAUUUAUUACAUACUAAACCCAUAAUUACAAAGGCGGCAACAUCGGGAACACUGUAUUUUUUAUCAGACUCAUUAGUACAAGGUAUUGAAAUUUUUAGUUAUAAAGAUAAAGAGGGGACAGAGAGACCGAAAUACAAAUUGGACCGUUCAUUAAGAAUGGCUGUAUUCGGAUUUUGUGUUACUGGACCAGUAUUUCAUUAUUGGUACAACUUAUUGGAUAAAUGGUAUCCCAAGAAAACAAGUCGUCAUAUUUAUAUUAAAAUGUUAAUAGAUCAGACAACUUGUGCUCCAAUAUUCAACGCAGUUUUCUUUACAGGUAUGGGAAUUUUAGAAGGCAAAAAUUUAGAUCAAAUUAAAGAGAAACUUAAAAAAGAUUGGUGGGAAACCUACAGAGCCGAUUGUAUGGUUUGGCCAAUUAUCAAUUUCUUAAAUUUUAAAUAUAUUUCAAAUCAUCACAGAGUGAACUUUAUGAACUGUGGUAAUAUUUUAUGGACUGCAUUUUUAGCAAAAAUGAAUUUUAGUCACUAA